CAGGCGCACACAUCUACAUCCUCGCACCCGCGCGCACUCGCGCAGCCAGCCAGCGGCGGCCACCGCGGCGAUGCUCGCCAGCAGGUCGGGGAAGUUUCCCGCCGGCCUCGGCCGCGGGCUCCGGUGCACCCAGGUGUAGCGCCCCCGCGCGGCGCGGGCGUCUGGGCAUCUCCAGCAUGACCCGACAGAGCCUGUGGGACAUGUCCGAGACCGACGUCGAGGAUGGAGAGAUCCGCAUCAAUGUGGGCGGCUUCAAGAGAAGACUGCGUUCCCACACGCUGCUGCGCUUCCCUGAGACACGCCUGGGCCGUCUGCUCCUCUGCCACUCGCGAGAGGCCAUUCUGGAACUCUGCGAUGACUACGACGACGUCCAGCGUGAGUUCUACUUCGACCGUAACCCUGAGCUCUUUCCCUACGUGCUACAUUUCUACCACACCGGCAAGCUUCACGUCAUGGCUGAGCUGUGCGUCUUCUCCUUCAGCCAGGAGAUCGAGUACUGGGGUAUCAAUGAGUUCUUCAUUGACUCUUGCUGCAGCUAUAGCUAUCACGGUCGCAAAGUGGAACCUGAGCAGGAGAAGUGGGACGAGCAGAGUGACCAGGAGAGCACCACUUCCUCCUUCGAUGAGAUCUUGGCCUUCUAUAAUGAUGCGUCCAAGUUCGAUGGGCAACCCCUUGGCAACUUCCGCAGGCAGCUGUGGCUGGCAUUGGACAACCCGGGCUACUCAGUCCUGAGCAGGGUCUUCAGUGUCCUUUCCAUUCUGGUGGUGUUGGGCUCCAUCAUCACCAUGUGCCUCAACAGCCUGCCAGACUUCCAGAUCCUUGAUAGCCAGGGAAACCCUGGUGAAGACCCGAGGUUUGAAAUCGUGGAGCACUUUGGCAUUGCCUGGUUCACAUUUGAGUUGGUGGCCAGGUUUGCUGUGGCCCCUGACUUUCUCAAGUUCUUCAAGAAUGCUCUAAAUCUUAUUGAUCUGAUGUCCAUUGUCCCUUUUUACAUAACUCUAGUGGUGAACCUGGUGGUGGAGAGUUCUCCGACCUUGGCUAACUUGGGCAGGGUGGCUCAAGUCCUGAGGCUGAUGAGGAUCUUCCGAAUUCUCAAGCUGGCCAGACACUCUACUGGUCUGCGCUCCUUGGGAGCCACCCUGAAAUACAGCUAUAAGGAAGUGGGGUUGCUCUUGCUCUACCUCUCAGUGGGGAUUUCCAUCUUCUCUGUGGUGGCCUACACCAUUGAAAAGGAGGAGAACGAGGGCCUGGCCACUAUCCCUGCCUGCUGGUGGUGGGCCACCGUCAGUAUGACCACUGUUGGGUAUGGAGAUGUGGUCCCGGGGACCACAGCUGGGAAGCUGACUGCGUCUGCCUGCAUCUUGGCAGGCAUCCUGGUGGUGGUCUUGCCCAUCACUUUGAUCUUCAAUAAGUUCUCCCACUUUUAUCGGCGCCAAAAGCAACUUGAGAGUGCUAUGCGCAGCUGUGACUUUGGAGAUGGAAUGAAGGAGGUCCCUUCGGUCAAUUUAAGGGACUACUAUGCUCAUAAAGUUAAGUCCCUCAUGGCAAGCCUGACAAACAUGAGCAGGAGUUCACCCAGUGAACUGAGUUUAGAUGAUUCUCUGCAUUAGCUGGGACCCAG